CAGCCCCUAGUUCGUGGGCCCGGAAGUAGACGUACCUCACGGAAGCUGGGUUUGGCCCUGCGGCUGCUGCCGUCGCCGCGGAAAAAUUGUUGGAGCUGGCAGUCCAGGAAUGAAUCUCCUCUCAGCCUCUAACCUCGCCUGGUCAGAAUCCUUGGAUGAGCCUGUAGGACCCUUCUUCCUAGCCUUGUGGUUUGGAACCUGUGGUUGUGGCAUUGUAAGAGGAUGGACAAAGAUUCUCAGGGGCUGCUAGAUUCAUCCCUGAUGGCAUCAGGCACUGCCAGCCGCUCAGAGGAUGAAGAAUCACUGGCAGGGCAGAAACGGGCCUCCUCCCAGGCCUUGGGUACCAUCCCUAAACGGAGAAGCUCCUCAAGAUUCAUCAAAAGGAAGAAGUUUGAUGAUGAGCUGGUGGAGAGCAGCCUGGCUAAGUCCUCCACCCGGGCAAAGGGCGCCAGUGGAGUGGAACCAGGGCGCUGUUCAGGGAGUGAACCAUCCUCCAGUGAGAAGAAGAAGGUGUCUAAGGCCCCCAGCACUCCUGUGCCUCCCAGCCCAGCCCCAGCUCCGGGACUCACCAAGCGGGUGAAGAAAAGCAAACAGCCACUGCAGGUGACCAAGGAUCUGGGCCGCUGGAAGCCUGCGGAUGACCUCCUGCUCAUCAAUGCUGUGUUGCAGACCAAUGACCUGACAUCCGUCCACCUGGGUGUGAAGUUCAGCUGCCGCUUCACCCUUCGUGAAGUCCAGGAGCGCUGGUAUGCUCUGCUGUACGAUCCUGUCAUCUCCAAGCUGGCCUGUCAGGCCAUGAGACAGCUGCACCCAGAAGCCAUUGCCACCAUCCAGAGCAAGGCCCUGUUUAGCAAGACAGAGGAGCAGCUGCUGAGCAAAGUGGGAUCGGCCAGCCAGCCCACCUUGGAGACCUUCCAGGACCUGCUGCAUAGACACCCUGAUGCCUUCUAUCUGGCCCGUACUGCUAAGACUCUGCAGACCCACUGGCAGCUCAUGAAGCAGUAUUACCUGCUGGAGGACCAGACAGUGCAGCCACUACCCAAGGGGGACCAAGUGCUGAACUUCUCUGAUGCAGAAGACCUGAUCGAUGACAGCAAGCUCAAGGACAUGCGAGAUGAGGUCCUGGAACACGAGCUGACGGUGGCUGACCGGCGCCAGAAGCGAGAGAUUCGGCAGCUGGAACAGGAGCUGCAUAAGUGGCAGGUGCUCGUAGACAGCAUCACAGGCAUGAGCUCUCCGGACUUUGACAACCAGACGCUGGCCGUCCUGCGGGGCCGCAUGGUGCGGUACCUGAUGCGCUCCAGAGAAAUCACCCUGGGCAGAGCCACCAAGGACAACCAGAUUGACGUGGACCUGUCCCUGGAGGGGCCGGCCUGGAAGAUCUCGCGGAAGCAAGGCGUCAUCAAGCUGAAAAACAACGGUGAUUUCUUCAUUGCCAAUGAGGGCCGGCGGCCCAUCUACAUCGAUGGGCGGCCUGUGCUGUGUGGCUCUAAGUGGCGCCUCAGCAACAACUCCGUGGUGGAGAUUGCCAGCCUGCGGUUCGUCUUCCUCAUCAACCAGGACCUCAUCGCCCUUAUCCGGGCAGAGGCUGCCAAGAUCACUCCACAGUGAGGAGUGGCGACGGGACCCACGGACUCUCUCUGGCCUGUUUCCCCUGCCAGUCCAGCCCCUGUGAGCUGGGAACUCGAGCUACUGGAAAAAUUAGAGUGGGCAGUGGAAACCCAGCUGCUGCCCACUGAUCCGAGCCUCUGGCAAGAGGGUGGGGCUGGCCCUGGGGAAACCUGGCUGCUGGGGCCCUCCAGCUUCCUUAGGGCCAGAGCCCCUCCCUCUGCGCUCUGCAGACCACCCUCCCUCUUCCUCCAAAGGUCCACUUCCACCCUUGUCUCCAGUGGAUUGGCUUCAGACUUUUAUUAUUUUUCUUUUGUAAAUAAAAAGCACUGA